AUGGCUGAAACUUUUCCAAAUCAUCAUGUUUCAUUAAAUACUCCAAUUAAAGAAAUAAGGAAUUUAAAUCUUAAUUCUUCACCAACUAAUAAUUAUAAUCAAAAUUAUCAAAAUAAUAGAAAUUUUCAUCAAAAUGAUUUUAAUGGUCAUUUAAAUCAAAGUCAAACACAUCAAGGAAAUAUAUAUCCCAAUAACAUAGACUUUACUUCACCACCAUCAUUGAAUUUUAAUCAACAACAAUUACUAAAUAAUAGAGGUUAUUCAAAUAAAUUAUCGAAUAAUGUUUUAUCAGAAUUAAAUAAUCGUACCAAAAAAAUAUCAACAUUAUCUUCAUCACCAAUAAAAGAAGAUUCAGUUACAUCAAGAAGGAAUAAAAGAUAUAGUGGAGUACAUACCAUGAAAUUUAAUAAAUUAGAAUCUAUACAAAAUCAUUAUUCUGUCCAUCAACAACAACAACAACAACUAAAAUUAAAAACUCCUUCUCCACAAAAAGAUGAAAUGAUCGAAACAGCAAGUAAAAGAAGAAGAACUCUUAAUGGAAAUAAUGAAAUUAUGUCAAUACCAAUAUUAACUGAAUCUAAUAAAUCAUCAAUUAAAGAAAGAGAUGAUAACAUUCGUAAAAUAUCACCAAUUAGAAAAAUAUCACCAAGUAAAAAAGUAAUGAAUUUAAAUUCAAUUUUAACUAGACAAACUACUGAGACUGGAUCUCCAAAUAAGGAAAUGCUGGAACAUCAAUUAUUUGAAAGACAUAAUAAUAAUACCUCACAACAACCUCAAAAAUUACCAACUUUGAAGAAAAGAGCAAGUUCAUUAGAAUUAGCUGGUGUUAUUGCUCCAUCUAGGAUUGAACCAUCAAACUCUAAUAUGGAUUUAGUAUCAUCACCAAUUAAAAACAAUGAACCGUCAAUCAGUUCUCAGACUAACAAUUUCCAACAACAUCAACCAAUACAAUCUAAAAUUCCACAAAUAACAAGAACUCAAUCUCUGAUGUUGAACAAAAAAAAUUCAAUACCUCAAUUACAAAAAAAUUCACUGAUACCUCAAUUACAAAAAAAGACACUGAUUCCACAAUUACAAAGAAAACCAUCAAUACCUCAAUUUCAUACUAACCAAAGAGUUCAAACUCUGUCAAAUAUUAAUGGACAUUUACCUCAUGAACAGUCACACCAAUCUCACGAACAGUCAAAACAACAACAGCAACAACAACCACUUUUGCAGAAAAACACAGCUACUUUAGCAGCACAACAUGUAAUGAAACCACCAACAUCAUAUAACAAAAUUCAAUCACAACCUCCUAAAAACUCACAACCAAAUUUAUCAAAAAUAAGUCCAUCAAAAUCAUUAUCAUCAUUUAAGAAUGUUUUAACAAAUUCAACAAAAUACAACAUCAACAAUGGUGCGAACUUAGGUUCUAAACAAUCAAAUUUAAUUAAAUCAAAAUCUAUAACUAUUCCUCAACCUUUUUCAUUAUAUAAUAAACCAACUAUUUCAUCUUCUCAAAAAUCUUUAAAUAAAUUUGAAAGAUUUAAAGAAAGAUAUGAUUGA